AUGUUAGCAGCCAAGAACAUCAUGAACAAAUCCGCAUUCGGAUCUUCAUUCCGUCUAGCAGCUACCCGUUUACAAUCCACAAAAGUUCAAGGUCAGGUCAUCGGUAUCGAUCUUGGUACUACCAACUCAGCAGUCGCAAUAAUGGAAGGUAAGAUUCCAAAAAUUAUUGAGAAUGCUGAAGGUGCAAGAACAACACCAUCCGUUGUUGCCUUCACUAAAGAAGGUGAAAGAUUAGUUGGUAUCCCAGCUAAACGUCAAGCUGUCGUCAAUCCUGAAAACACUUUGUUCGCCACAAAACGUUUGAUCGGUCGUCGUUUUGAAGACGCUGAAGUACAAAGAGAUAUUAAACAAGUCCCAUAUAAGAUUAUUAAACAUAGUAACGGAGAUGCUUGGGUGGAAGCUAGAGGUCAAACUUAUUCUCCUGCUCAAAUUGGUGGGUUUGUCUUGAAUAAGAUGAAGGAAACCGCUGAAGCUUAUUUGGGUAAAGCGGUUAAGAAUGCAGUCGUUACUGUUCCUGCUUAUUUCAAUGAUUCUCAAAGACAAGCUACUAAGGAUGCUGGUCAAAUUGUUGGUUUAAACGUUUUACGUGUCGUUAAUGAACCAACUGCAGCAGCUCUAGCUUAUGGUUUGGAAAAAUCAGAUUCUAAAGUCAUUGCAGUUUUCGAUUUGGGUGGUGGUACUUUCGAUAUUUCUAUCUUAGAUAUCGAUAACGGUGUCUUUGAAGUUAAAUCUACUAAUGGUGAUACACAUUUAGGUGGUGAAGAUUUCGAUAUUUAUUUAUUGAGAGAAAUUGUCUCUCGUUUCAAAUCUGAAUCAGGUAUCGAUUUAGAAAAUGACCGUAUGGCUAUUCAAAGAAUUAGAGAAGCUGCUGAAAAGGCUAAGAUUGAAUUGUCUUCUACUGUCUCCACUGAAAUUAACUUGCCAUUUAUUACUGCUGACGCUUCUGGUCCAAAACAUAUUAACAUGAAAUUCAGUAGAGCUCAAUUUGAAACUUUAACAGAACCAUUAAUUAAGAGAACCAUUGAUCCAGUUAAGAAGGCUUUGAAAGAUGCUAAUUUAGCUACUUCUGAUAUUUCUGAUGUUUUAUUAGUCGGUGGUAUGUCAAGAAUGCCAAAGGUUGUCGAAACUGUUAAACAAUUAUUCGGUAAGGAAGCCUCUAAAGCAGUUAACCCAGAUGAAGCUGUCGCCAUUGGUGCCGCCAUUCAAGGUGCUGUCUUAUCAGGUGAAGUCACUGAUGUCUUAUUAUUAGACGUUACUCCAUUAUCCUUAGGUAUUGAAACUUUAGGUGGUGUUUUCACAAGAUUGAUCCCAAGAAAUACUACCAUUCCAACAAAGAAAUCUCAAAUCUUCUCUACCGCUGCAGCUGGUCAAACUUCUGUGGAAAUUAGAGUUUUCCAAGGUGAAAGAGAAUUAGUCAGAGAUAACAAAUUGAUCGGUAAUUUCAAUUUGGCUGGUAUCCCACCUGCACCAAAGGGUGUCCCACAAAUCGAAGUCACUUUCGAUAUUGAUGCUGAUGGUAUCAUUAACGUCUCCGCAAGAGAUAAAGCUUCCAACAAGGAUGCUUCCAUCACUGUUGCUGGUUCCUCUGGUUUAUCUGAAUCUGAAAUUGAGCAAAUGGUUAGCGAUGCUGAAAAAUUCAAGACUCAAGAUGAAGCAAGAAAACAAUCCAUUGAAACUGCUAACAAGGCCGAUCAAUUAGCAAACGACACUGAAAACUCUUUGAAAGAAUUCGAAGGUAAACUAGAUAAAGCUGAAGUUCAAAAGGUUAAAGAUCAAAUCGCCUCAUUGAAGGAAAUCAUUGCUAGAGUUCAAGGUGGUGAAGAAAUUAAUGCUGAAGAAUUAAAGACAAAGACUGAAGAAUUACAAACUUCUUCUAUGAAAUUAUUCGAACAAAUGUACAAGAACAGUUCUGAUAACAGCAACAAUAGUAACAACGAUGCUCAAUCUGGUGAAACUAAGCAAUAG